CUUGAUGACCGGCAAGGCAGCUUUGCAGCGUUCAUCCAGAGACUCAGAAACGCAACCAACGAAGACUUCUCGCUUAUCCAACAAUGCAAAAUACCGAUGUCGGUCGGGUGCAUUUGCUCAAGCAUACUAGGCACCGGAUUGGCAUUUUUCUAUGUGCUUUCUAGUAGAUCAAAGACGAAGAAGCUCGCACUCAAAUUGCUAUCUUCCUUCGAUGAUUGUGCAACAUUCUUCACUUUCUCGAUCCAGAUCGCCAGUAUCGUUGUCCUAGCAAAAGUCGACUAUGGGGUCUCAGCUGCUUCUAUGGGCGAUGUGACUGUAAGAACGACUUGGACGGUGUCUGCCUUGACACUCUUACCCUUGAUGUACACCCUCCUGCUUUCCGGAUUGCCACAGACUGGAGCCAACAGACAGUUCACCAAAGCUGCCGCUGGAACAUUCCUCACCACUGAUGCUCGUCGUGAUCUUCUGUUCAGCAUCUGCUGGGCAUGCUCGGUGUACCCAAUUUUGAGCCGAAUGAUUGAGAGCUUUGCGGAGAGUGUGGUUGGGUACAAGCCAAGCGAUAUCCUUACCACCAAACAGUGGAGAAUGCUGCAAGAUAGCUGCUUAUCGCAAACUUCCCCACCGAGUAUGGCAGAAUACAGGCUAAUGAACGUAUUCGGGAUCAUGGCUUCCUUGCUCACCUCUCUGUUCGCAAUCAGCAAGAUCGUCAUGGCAGGGCUUCAUAGGCAUUACGACCACAAGUUACAACGGCACCACGAUCUUAUGAACAUUGUGCAGCAACCCCUCGAUUAUCUCGGACGGAUUUCACUCGUUUGCGUACCACUUCUUUCUAUCGGUCUGACCUGGUCUUACUUCAGGCUGCAAAGCUUCCAGGCAAACAUUACCCAAGCACUUAGUACGCAAGACUCUGACAGCGAAUGGGGCUUUGGCCAGGUGGUCUCUGUCGUCGUGUUCCUCCCUGUCAUCGUGGAAGCUUUCUUCAGCUGGCAUGAGCAACAAGAAGAAUCUGCUGGAGAACACAGUCUGGUCCAAGAACCAACCGAGGAGGCGGUGGAAUCUGGUUCAUCAUAUUAUACUUCGCAAGAUGAUAUCGAUGAGGCCCCUGCAGAACAUUCUAGUGCGGACAAGUCUUUGUCGAACACAGCGACAUUACUUAAGUGGAGACAGACGAUC